AUAAUUACACAAUUUCUAAUAAUUCGAACCAAUUUCUUCAAAAAGCCACCUCGAAUGUGCAAAAACUCCAAUGAAUUUGAGAAUUGGAUUAAGAAAUUCUCAGAAAUGUUCUUGAGAAAAUGAUGAACAGAUACCUUAAUUGGGAAGGAAAUUUUAAACCCAAAAUUUCUCAUUGAUUUAAGAAUGAGUGCCUUAGAGGCGGCCCAUCACAACCGUCUCCAUUGCUUCGCUGGGAUCAAUUCUUCAUUUAAACCGUCUAUGAAACUGCAGGAAAAUUGUUGAGUUCGUGUGUUUGUGGAUAGCAAUGAAACAAAAAGAAGGGAUUCAUGCGUUACAAGACUCCGUAUCUGUUGGUUUCGAUUACUUAUACUUCCAUAUAUUGGGCAUUAAGCUCCACGCAACCGGUGCCUGAUUCCGAAUCCGAUUCCGAUUCCGAUUCUUCUGUGUUCUUCGUGCCGAUUUCGUGUAAUUCGAUGGUUCAGAGUUGGUAAUUUGCGAGCAAAUUCAAAUGGCGGCGCUCUUUAUUCUGACGUUCGCGUUUGGAUUUGUGUUUGGGGUUGUGGCAACCGUUGCAGCGGAGGCUUAUGGAGCGUUCGUCAUUUUGAACAAGUUGAACAAGCGGUCUCAGAAGGAUUUGGCUAAAGUCAAUGCCAAGUUAGCGCAAUCCAAGCCAGAUCUCCAUCAAUCCCUCGAUUAUCUUUCCCACAAACAGGGUUCUGUUUGGAUACUAGAAUCGAGCGUCGUCGAAGAUUUCAAAGAGAAAGCGACUAAAGAACAAAAGAAAAGGAAGGAUUUCUGGGAGGUAACUCCUAGCAAAAAGUAUGCAAGAAUCAAGGACCAUUCGUUAACGAUAUUGGAACUGGAUGGUAAGGAGAAAACAAUUCGAUUAAAAGGCUGCACCAUUGAAGCUGUUUCGGCGUCGGCCCUUCCUUCAAGAAAAUGGGUGAAAAGGUUCCCUUUAAAAUUGGAAAAUAGAACCUCUGUGAUUUAUAAUGAAAGUAAAACAAUUUUCAUUUUUCUUGAGACUUCCUGGGAGAAGGAAGCAUGGUGUAAAGCCCUGCGUUUAGCUUCGUGUGUCGACAAAGAAAGACUGCGCGGGUUUGCUAAAUUGCAGAAAGAGUUCCAUAGUUAUAUCUCUUCAUUAAAUACUGGGUAUCCUUCAUUUAUGAAGCCCUCUGCAGGGUACUAUGUUGAAGCAAUAGAUAAGGACAUCAAGCCUAACGCUUCGUCUUCGAAGGUUCGCCUAUUUUUCAAAAAGCUGACGAAGAAGACGUCGAAGGCUGGUUUAGACUACAAAGUAAAUUCUUCUUCUUGUUCUUCUUCUUCGUCGUCUUUGAGUGAAGAGAAAAAGUUUAGUGAGAGGUUUCAUCCGAGUCCGGAUUUUAUUUCAUCAUCGGCUGGCUUAGGAAAAGGAAUUCCGAAGGUGCCGAGUGCUAAAAGUUUAUCUGAGGAAGUUAUGGCAGCACCAUCAACCUUAACAAAUUCAGUAAGCCAAGGUCAGGCCUCUGUUGUCUCUGAUCCUGAUCCCGAUGACAGGCUUUGGACCGAUGAUGGAACGCUUUGUUGGAAUUUGUUCAUGUCACGAUUUUUUUUUGAUGCCACAAUCAAUGAAAGGGUAAUGAAAUCCUUACAUGAUCGAGUUCAGAGGUUGUUGUCUAAGAUGAGGACUCCGAGCUACAUUGGCGAAGUUAUUUGCACUAAAGUUCGUCCGGGAAGCCUCCCGCCCAAUAUUAAUGCUAUCAGGGUUCUUCCCUUUGAACUGAAUGAGGUAUGGGCGCUGGAGGUUGACUUCGAAUACUCCGGGGGUUUUUGCUUAGAUAUCGAGACGAGAAUUGAAGUUCAUGAAUUAGAUCUUCAAAAAACCGCUGUAGACUCGAAACCCGAUACGAGUGAUGUUGGGGAAGUCUCUUUAAUUCUAGAAGAUUAUCUUGGAAAGCAGUUCAGUACUUCUGAAGGAACAGAACAGCAUGAGGAAGGUAGGUCAGUAAACGGUAAGAAUCCCACGGCCUCAUCCUCGAGCGGAUCUAGGUGGAAAUCUCUAAUGAAUUCGAUCGCUAAACAGGUUUCUCAGGUGCCUAUUUCCGUGGUAGUAAAGAUUGUAGCUCUUCGAGGGACGCUUCGGUUACAUAUAAAGCCACCUCCUUCUGAUCAGCUAUGGUAUGGUUUUACAUCCAUGCCUAAUUUGGAGUUGCGCUUGGAAUCAUCGUUCGGGGACCAUAAGAUAACGAGUACGCACAUUUCUCAGUUCUUGAUCAAUCGGCUUAAGGCAAUGAUCAGGGAUACUUUAGUGCUCCCCAACUAUGAAAGUAUAUACUUCCCAUUCAUGACGGCAGAAAAGGACGACUGGGUUCCACGGGAUGCUGCACCAUUCAUGUGGCUUAACCAUGAAAAUCAAAGAUCCCAUCCAGUUGAACCCAAAAACAGAGCUGAAGCCAAUAAAACCACCGCCACCGAUCAACACGGAACUGAGCAAAGAAAACCGAAGAACAUCGAAUCGUCUCAGGCACACUCCGACUUGCCACAUGCAUCAAAGACAUCAUCAAGUAAGGCACUGUACAGAAACGAAAUGAAAAUCCCUUUGUUAGAAUACGAUGAGAAAGAGCGAGAUAGAGAGUGUGUCCAAGAGAAUGAAUCGCCAUCGAGAUCUGUAAGCUUUUCGGGGCAGGAAAGUAAAGAGGGUGAAGUAGAUGAGCCAAAGCCAAGGAGAAUAGGAAGAAGAGCAAGAAUGCGUGAAAUAGGGAAGAAGAUGGGGGAGAAAAUAGAAGAAAAGAGCAAGAACAUUGUUGAGAAGAUGCGAGGACCAUAAGUUUUGUUUCAACCUUUUUCUGUAUAGAUACAUACAUACAUUACAUUACACCUUAUUAUUCAGUCAUCAACAACACAACACAAAAGAAGCUUAUACAACAAAGAUUAUUAUUAU